AUGACUAAGCGGUGUCUCAGACAAGCUACAGUAUGCGAGUAACCAUUCUAUGAAUUUUUGCAAUUUCUUGCCAAUUUACAUCAACAAAUGAAAAGCUAGUAUGGACAUCACAUAAAUUUACUUGACAUUUGCCAACACGUAGGUAAUAGGUAUUUUAUAUAUAGUAUUACCCCAAGCAUCUAUUGGAAUAUAUUUUGAAAUGGAAAAGAUAGAUUACGAAUCGGAUGUCGAUGAAACGUGCGGAUGUCAAAUAAACUGUGGCUGUAUAAAGUUUAGAAGGAGACCAUUAAAUCAAUUUGAACGAUUUAACAAUUCGAAAGGUGCUUUGCUGGUUUUCUGUCUUGCUUUUCUAAUACACACUGCUGUUUCCAAUGGACUACUAAUCGCCGUUUUAACAACAUUAGAGAAACGAUUUCAUUUAACGAGCAAUGAAACCGGAUUCAUAUUCGUAUGCUACGAUAUCGGCGUUAUAUCCAGCAUUCUGGUUGUUACAUACAUCGGGGGAAAGGGUCAUAAACCACUUUGGCUUGGAUGGGGAUGCUUCAUUGUUGGACUGAGUUUCCUUUUAUUUGCUCUACCUCAUUUUAUUGCACCCAAUCACGUAGUUUCAGAUUCAACUUCAUCUGUUUGUGAUAUAAAUAACACGGCACACUGUGAAGAAUCAAGCUUACGAUCGUAUAGGUCAUUUUUUAUUGCUGCAAGUUUUUUCAACGGCGUUGGAUCGUCGCCAUUUUAUACUCUUGGAAUUACAUAUCUUGAUGCAAAUGUAAAACAAUCAAUGUCUUCAACAUAUAAUGGAAUUAUUUAUGGCGCUACAAGCGUCGGUCCUGCUCUCGGAUUUGUGUUGGGUGGUUUUUUACUUACCUUCUAUACGAAUAUCACUGAAAAUGUAUUAGUCAAUGACGGUGAUGCGGAAUGGAUUGGGAAUUGGUGGUUAGGAUUUGUAAUGGCUGGAAUGCUAAUUCUCCUCUUAUCUGUGCCAAUAAUGAUGUUUCCAAAACAGUUGCCAAAUUCGGAAAAGUUUCGUUUCAAUCGUGAAGACGAAAUUCAUCAGAUUGCCCUAACUACUGACGAAAAUAGACAUAAUGUUGACAGAUUUCGAAACGUUCUUCGUAGCUUAAUCACAGCUCUGUCCAAUCCCGUUUUACUGUUUCUCUCGAUCGCUGCUGCAUUUGAUUGUGGAGUCAUGACGUCAGUUGUUUUAUUUGGGCCAAAAUACAUUGAAUCAAUGUUUGGAAUUUCAUCUUCAACUUCUGGGAUUUACUGUGGCAUUAUAGCGAUCAUAUGUGCAACAACGUCAUAUGUUGGUGGUGGAGUCUUAAUAUCGAAAUUCAAAAUGAAACUCAGACAAAUGUUAAAGUUGUGCAUUGUCUGCUCCGUACUUUCUGUCGGAAUUUACAUGAUUUAUCUCUUGAGAUGUGAAAAACCUCCAAUUGCGGGGUAUGGUGUCAGUAGUGGUAAUAAUAUUUUGAGAUGCAAGUCAGUAUGCGGAUGUACUAUUGACACAUAUAGUCCUAUAUGCACAAAUGAACGUAUGACGUAUUUGUCGCAUUGUGAUAUGAACUGCAUUUACACUAACACUGGAGCAGAGGGUUAUUAUAACUGUACUGUACUGCAGCGGAAUAUAACAGUAAAAAGCGGAAGAUGUAUAAAUGAAUCAUGUUAUAGUCGAGGUUACAUUUUCCUGAUUGUCGCAGGGCUCGGCUUAUUUACAACAUUCUUGAAAGCCAUGCCAGGUUUGCAGACCUCUCUGAGAAGUGUUCCAUUUAAUCAGAGGUCAUUUUCAAUUGGCGUGCAAUGGACGAUUAUUCGACUACUUGGACAAAUACCAAUGCCGAUUAUUACUGGAAAAAUUCUCGAUCUUACUUGUUUAGUCUGGGAUAAAGAAUGUGGAGAAUGUGGUGCCUGUAAAGAUUAUGACAACCAGAGCAUGUCGAUUUACCUUACAUUGCUUCACACAAUACCACUGGCAUUGGGAGGAUUUUGUUACAUGGGUGCGUUAAAAGUUUACAAACCACCAAAGAUGGAAAAAAAAGAAUCUGAUUCUUCGAAGGACAAAUUUAACACGAGUUCCAAUUAAUAUGUCGUCAUUGAAACAUACAAUUUGUUUUAUUUGGAAAACAUCAUUUCGAUUUUUAGAUGUUUGUGGCUAUAUUUUUGAAUUAGCCUACUUACUUUAAGCAUGUGUCAAGAUGAAAAUAGUAUUUGACAAAGCAUUUGACACAGCGUUUGUGUGCAACUGCUUUAUUUUCAUGUGCCUUCAAGUCAGGGUCGGCCAACCUUUUUGACCGAAGGGCCACAUGUGGUUCACCAAUAAUUGCGCGGGUCACUUAACAUGGUAGUUAUGUUCUAGUUUUGCUACACUAACUACAGGUUGAUGAAAAAACAAAAAAUAUCCUCACACCAAACUUUCACAAAUAUUAGAACAAUAAAACUGUUGUUUCCCAACUUUUGGUGGGGCGCCAUCAGUGGUUAUUCCUGAAAGUUUCGCCAAGGACAAGCCAAAACGCUUAACCAUGUUUAUCACAGCUCUUAACAAACCAAUGCCUCUAGUUGUACUAUCAACAGGGACAAUGGCUGCGAUCUCCGCUGUAAUUUCAUAUCAUCAUUAACUCUCCGAAAGAAGAUCGUCAAGUCGCCAACUAACCAGAAAUACGAUGAAUAUUUUCCCGCUUUUGCAAUUAAAGUUUCCGCUAUAAAGUUCCUAAGCUCUUCAACACGACGAGUUAUAAUCUAUCUGUCUUGAAAGGCUAUUUUUGGAAACACCUCUUUUAUUGCCGGACGUAAAACAUUGACAACCCGAACAAUACAUAAUAUACAUUCCUUAACGAAUUUUUUUUCUGAAAAUGGCUUCGA